AUGGACCCCAUCAACGCCCUGUGCGCAACGUAUCGCCUUAUCCUCUUCGGCAUCGAUGUCACCCAGGUGCCCGCCACGAUCCGCCACAGCCUGGAGUUCGUACGUCUUUGCUACCAGGAUUUGCAACACCUCAUCGAGCUGCGGCAGGCCUACCUCUCGCUCCUCGAGAAGCGUCCAGUCGUCCUCGAGCGUAUCAACUCCAUCAUUAGCGCAGCUACCAAAGGGCUCGUGGAAGUCUGUGCCAUCGUCGAAAAGUGCCGCCCUGAGGCUCACAGAGGUCGUACAGGGUUUCGUUGUCGGUUUCAAUGGAUCUUUUUUGACGAGAAGGACUUUCACGCGCACGAACCGGUGAUAGCUCGUCAUCAUGCAGCGGUAUUGGCUGAGUUGAAUUUCCUACGCCAGAUUGUGUUGUUUACACCCAUCGCGCCGGCGGAGGAUGGGAAGGGAGAGACAGAUGGGAAAAGGAAGGGGACGAUGUUCUUUGACAAUGUCGCUCUGUGGGGGGAUCUGUUUGGUGGCCCAUCUGAUGCUCAACGUGCGAUACUCCCUGCUCAGACGGCUUCUUCGGCAAUAAACGAGUCGUCCAGGACGAACUUGGCUGCCAACAGGGUCAGCAGUUCAAAAGAACAAAAUACCAUCCCUCAAUCACCAACGGGUACCGAGCCCACAACAGCAAGUCCCAAAGAUGAUAAUGGACGUCCCAUUACGGGUGCCACCACCGUGUUCGAGCCCUUUGGUACCUUGGGGCUUGCUCCCACACCUGGUGCCGGUCAUGACUUUCCGCUUCCUUCACUUUCGCUGAGUAGCGCGUCAGGGCUCUCACCCGCACAGACGGAUACGUGUAGGAGAUUAAUGGAUCUACCAAAACGCCGACCCGUCCCAUGUACCUCUCCUAUGACAUGCAAUCAGGGCGACGCGGAUUGGUUGUCCAGUCUCAGCCCAGUUGACGCAACUAACCGCGAUACGGCAUCACGGAAGAUGUUCCCUGCUAGAACUCCGUCGCCUUUGGUCCCUUCACAACCGACGACCCCUUCGUCUGAGCGCCAGAGGCCAGAUUGGGUGCAGUCGGUAUCCUCAAUGUCAACAUGGAAACACGUUGCUCCUGACCUCACUUCGCAAACAGCAUAUACUUUUCAGCCCCAGAAGCCAAAUUGGGAUAUGUCAUUUCCCUCGGACUGUGACCCGGCGCAAAUAAAUGUCCCAGAGAAACACAUUCUUGGCAUUUCUCGAUAUAACAUGGACGGCCCUAGCACUGGGAUACCAUAUCACCAAAUAGGAGGUAACAUCGCGAACGGCCAGCUAACACAACUGCAUAACACACCACGCUGUGCGACAUCUCCUUCCUUACCAAUGGGUUCACUAUAUACUCUUCAGUCCCAAGUAGUAGAAUUACCACAAGCUGCUGAUACCCAAGCAAGGAUGAAUCCUCGGGACCAACUGAAGCACCAUGAGGCUGAGAUGGCACCAAUUGAAUUAGAGGCUUUGCCUCAGGUUAAACAUGCUUAUGAUAUUUAUGAAUUGCCGGGGUCAUAA